UUUCACCAGCAGCAGCUGCAGCAGCAGCAGCUCAGGACGCGCAUGCGCUGACCCCAUUAGAGAAACAUGAUUGGCAGCUUGUUGUUUUACGCGCUGUACCCGCUGUCACGGUACCUGAGCGGCCGGCAGUCAGAGGCCUCAAAGAAGGAUCCCCCUCCUGCAGUGGUUAAUGGCACAGCAGUGUGGGAUGGUGGCGUUAUCGCGACCAAAAAGUUCACCCAGUCUCAGACAGCCCUGCUGGACCAGUGGGUCGGCCAAAGCAGUGGGACGAAGAGAGAAACGAAAGAAAGGAUGACGGACCCAAGCGUGGAAAAGGAAGACUUGGACAGAAAACAGCUGAUGGCUGCUCUGCAUGAAGAACCAGAGAAUUCAAAGAUGAGUGAGGCGGUGAAGGAGAGUGAAGCAGGGGCCGGAAAUGGGCCACAACAAGACAAAUUGGAAGCUCCUAAGCAAGAGGAUAUUUUGAAAAUAACGUUUGAGAAGACAGAGGAUGGAAAUAAUUUUCCAACUGAAGAACUUACGGCACAGUUAGAGUGCCUGCAAACAGAGGACAGUAUUCAAGAAACCACCUGUCAGGUGCAGAAAAAAGCAGAGAUACCAAGUAUGGAAGAUUCACUAACUCCAGCUGAGCCCAGUCCACAAGCAACCAUCUGUCUAGUAGAGCAACAGAUACAGAUACCAAGCAUGGAAGAGUCAGUGAUGAAUCCUGCUCAUACUACUACAGCUGAAGUAACCGAAUGUUGGGAUGAAUAUGUAGCUCCUGCUGCUGAUGUAAUGCACGGCGGGGAGAGCUCCCAACUGUUUGUCUCACUUCUGUCUGACUCUCAGAGCCACCUUAAACUCAGCGGGGAACAUGACGCACAAACUGGCUGGCACUUUCCUGCAGGACCUGGCCUGACAGAAGAAGUGCAGUGCCCACUGUGGCAAUUUCCAGGAGCCAGCUAUUACCCUCCAGCAGAGCCGUUGGUGCCUUUUGAAGUAAUGUGGAGAGUGUGGGAGGAGAUGGAUGAGAGUGCCUCUGCAGCAGAGCCUGCCCUGAUGCCCUUGCCAUUCACUAAGGCCACGAUGGACUUCACAGUUAUGUCCUACAACAUCCUUGCACAGGACCUACUGGAAGCCAACCAAGAGCUGUACACACACUGCCCCCUGGAGGUGCUGGACUGGACCUACCGUUGCAGCUUGCUACUGGAAGAAAUAGUUCAAUGGGCUCCAGAUAUUCUGUGUCUUCAAGAGGUUCAGGAGAACCACUACCAUGAACAGCUGUAUCCAGUCCUGUCUCAGAUGGGCUACACCUGCGUGUACAAGCGGCGUACCGGGACUAAGACAGAUGGCUGUGCUACCUGCUAUCGUAGCAGUUGCUUCUCUGAGUUAUCAGUCACCCCACUGGAGUUCUUCAGGUCUGAGACAGAGCUGCUGGACCGGCACAACGUUGGCAUCGUUUUGUUGCUUCAGCCAGUGGUCACCCGGGGGUCAGAGGUUAAGGCCAAGGGCCCACCCCUCUGUGUGGCCAACACCCACCUGCUCUUCAACCCCAGGAGGGGUGAUGUGAAGCUGGCUCAGCUGGCCAUAAUACUGGCAGAACUUGACAGCGUGGUCAAGUCCUGUAAGGCCAAGGGCGAACACUGUAAUCUUAUAUUGUGUGGGGACUUUAACUCCAUCCCCCACAUGCCUCUGUACCAGCUGAUCACCACCGGUGAGCUCUACUUCCAGGGUCUACCAGCAUUCAUGAUAUCAGGUCAGGAGGACCUGUCGUACAAAACCUAUGUUCACAGACUGUAUGCUCCCCUGUGGCCCAGCUGUCUGGGAAUCACUGACAACUGCCAAUACACAACUGUCAAGGAGAAAUCGGAGAGUCAGAGCCAGAAACCAGGGAAAUGUCAGUACAGCCACGACUACCUGAUGAAGCUGCGCUUCUGUCCAGCUGCAUGUGUUCGUCCUCUGGACUUGGAGCUGAUCCCGGGCGUGACUGACAUCGUACCAGAUGUUUCAAGUGGAAAUCAGGCUUGUGAUGAAAGGUUCAGACACACCAUCAGACAUCGGUUAGAUCUGGAGUCGGUCUACAAACACAUUCUUCCAGGCUCUGGCAAUGCAGAAGUCACAACUCUGCACUCAGAAAUGGGAGCAACUGUUGACUACAUCUUCUACACUCCAAGACGUAUACACUUCACCGCUGAUCAUGCUGCUGUUGACUUUGUGAGCGAGGGUCUGAAGCUGAUUGGAUCUCUCUCCCUCCUAUCAGAGGAUGUCUUGUGGUCAAUGAGGGGCCUUCCCAAUGACAUAUUCCCCUCUGACCAUCUCAGUCUUCUGGCCAAAUUCCAGCUGGACUUAAACGCUGCAUGACAGAAAAGACUGUGUGAACUGAAAGAGAUGCCAGAGCAGAGCAUAUUUCUGUUCAAAUAAUUCAAAUAACACAUUUGGCUUUUGUUCUUGUCAGUGUGAAUAGUAUUACUUGUGGUUCACUCCUGGCAUCACAGAAUCUGUUUUCUAACUUAAUAGAAGUUAAUAUUUGUGUUGAAAAGAGCCAGGAAGAAUAAUGGAUGCCAAUAUUCUAGUCUUGUUUUCACGUGUUUUUUUACAAUGCAAUGCAGAGCUCUGACUGAGAUGUGACAAAUCAUAUUAAUGACGAUGCUGUUAUAGUUCUUUAAAAAAAAAACCAUGGCAUGUGUUCAUUUUGAUUUUGACAGCUGCUUAUUUUAAAAGAAUUAGAUUUCUCUGAUUAUGAGUCAGUUCUAUUUUUUUCAG